UUAGCUAGCUAGCUGCUGGGAGGAUGUCAUUGGAGGAGUGGUUGAGUGACCGACUUUUCCCCUCAUUUCAUUUUUCAGUGGCUACAACUAGGGAUGCAUGUAUCAUUUGGUUAGCUAGCAAGAAAUGUGAAUUGACUUAUCCACAGUUAGCAUAUAUCUUAGUUGUCAAUCAAAUGUAUUUGGCAGGCAAGCAAGAUCCCAUUCAGUUGUCAAAAGGUGGAUUGGGACAAGCAUGCAUUGGUAGGCAAGCUGCAGAAGGAAGAGCAGGCUACUAUUCCCCAUCGUUUAUCUGUGCAAUUUUGACGGCCAACUAGCUGAAAAAGUUUCAGAAGGUCUGGGUUCCCUCGUUAGAUUUUAGUUCAUCUCACUCUGGCUAGCAUUAGUUGUUGAUGUGCAUAGGCAACUGAGGGAGAGAGAGCCUACCUGUUCAUGGUUGCUUGAUCUAUAGUACUGUGAAGUUCCUAAAUGUAAGAGGACUCCCGUGGUAUUUACAUACGUAUUUGCAGAAAUACAUUCAGGUGUAUUUUGUGGCUUUUGGCGAAUGUGUUCUAAUGAUCUAAAGUCUCGCUGUUGCUACUGCCUGUAAACAAACACACAGUCCAGUUCAAAGUAAAUGACGGCAGGCCCGUGUGGCAAUUGGCUUAUUUGCAUAUAGGCCAACUAACUCUGAUUGGAAAUUGCGCACCAGUCUGCAUAGAGUCCAGUCCAGGACAAAACAUAUUUGUAUUCAGUUUUAUUUACUGCAGUGUCUAUUAAUCGUCCAAUUGCUCUGCCGUUUUCGCACUAGAUUGCUAUAAAUUUUUCAGAAAUGCCUUAGCAUAUGUCAUUCCCAAACAUUCAAUGAAUUUAUGAAAAUUACCAUAUCUAAGUGCUCGCUUGUCAGAACAUGUAAAAAAAUUGUCAUUCUUCCUGGGGGUUUAUAUUAACAGAUUUUAACAAGAUUUCAUGUUGCUAAAACGCUGUCAGUUCCACUUUAAUGGAGGUGCCAAUUCCAAAGAGGAGAAAAGUGCAGGACAUAAGAUUUUGGGGGAGUGCAGAGGACUACACGCAAUACAGAGAGUGAGAGAGAGCACCAUCCAUGUUGAGGCAAGGAGAGGACGAACAAGUCAUCAGAAAAUGGAGAGUUAUCCUGCGGUUUACGAAGAGCAGAAUGAUUCUACAAAACAACAAGAGAGACAUUACUACUUACUUUCAGAACUACAAACCCUUGUCAAAGAUUUGCCCAGCUCCUUUCAGCAGCGCCUGUCCUACACCACACUGAGUGACCUGGCUCAGGCACUCAUCGAUGGAACAGUGUAUGAUAUAGUACAGGGACUCCUGGACAUCCAGCACCUGACUGAGAGGAAUCUGUACAACCAGAGACAAAAGUUGCACUGUGAGCAUCGAGCACUCAAGCAGGAUUUGGUUCGUAAGCAUAAAGAAGCCCUACAGGUUUGCAAGUCCCACAACCUUGCAGUUAUGAAAGCCAAUCAACAAGGAGAAACUGAGGCUCUGGAGAUUCGAGUGAGAGAGGAGCAAAGGAUGAUGGAUGAGAAGAUUGUGGUGGAGAUGGACCAAAAGGUGAUAGACCAGCAGAACACCUUGGAGAUGGCUGGAGUCCCAGGGUUUUACAUAACCACCAAUCCCCAGGAGCUGACGAUGCAGAUUAACCUGCUUGAACUGAUCCUUAAACUUCAACAGAAAGAGUCCCAGUCAGGAGUUCUGUCAUGAGACAGACACACACACAGACAGGGUCUGAUUGUGUUAAAUAAAGCACUGGAUACUGAAGAGCAUAUCCUAGAGUGGAUAGACACUUCAAAGAGCAUCCUGUCCUCUUGUUAGUGAGCACUUGAGCGGGGCUCAGGGUUCAGGUUCAUGUCCUCAGGAGUUGUGUGUUCCCUUAAAUGCACAUGGAAACCAAGAAGUUGUAUUGCUUUGGGAUUCUAUGUAGAAAUCACUGGUUCUGGAUGGCAAUGGGGCCCUGAUGAGAGUGCAGGAAUUUGAAGAAUCACUGAAGGCUGUAGAUAUGUUUCUAUUUGUGUUCCCACUCACUCACAGAUAAAAAAUGGAAAUAAUUCAUAUUAUUCAUCCAAGUUAUCAUGUUUGUGAUGUCAUGAAAUUAUUAUUUUCCAUUCAUGUUUAUCAACAUUACAUGUUUACCAUGAUUUUGGCCACUGUAAAAUGUGUUCAUGAAAUAAAGUCAAUUUACUUUGA